GCGCGUUCCUUGUAUCGCUGCUUGUUUUCACUUCUACACUCUCCAACACCCGCGCCCUCACUCGUCUGGACCGCUGCUUAUACCAACGGCCUUACGCCAGAAUGUCUCGCCAAUGAUUAUGUUGAUCGGUUGGCCUUGUUUGCACAAAAUCGACGCGGUGUUAUUCCCUCUGCGCCCCUGGCAACUUUCGCGAUGGAUGAUUACACUAUGUUUGCAUCCGGUUAUGGUUUUGGUGGAAACAACUUGUUCUUUUUCCUCAUUUCUAGGUUCGAAGAUUCUUAUGCGUUAAGCGACUCCUUUCGUCCAGCGCAAGCCCUGACUCUUGCACUGUAUGACAGUCAUCGCCUGCCGGACUUCCCAUAUACUCGGGCAUCUAGCUCUUUCUCUGCCGUCGUACAAUUAUAUGCCCGAUCAUCGCAACUUGAUACCACAGAUCUAGAGGUGCGGCAUCAGCGUUUUCGUGAUACGCCGCCCUGGUGUCAUUUCGGUUGUGAUGCCUGUGAGAGCGUUCACGAUAUUUUUGCUCGCUGCCCGGCCUUCUUGGCUAUCUGUCGUGCGCAUGGCAUGCAGCUGUGUGAUGAGACCUCCUCGCUGCUUGAGGGCAAGCCUGCUGAUCGUGUGCGAGAGGUCUUGGAACGAGCGGCUCAGCGCCUGUUUUCUGACGACGCGGGGCUUUGG